CCGCGAUCAAUCCUUUUUGCUAACCACUCUCUGUGCCUUCCAUGAACCUGUGAGAAGAGUCAAUUCCACCCUCGUGGAGAUUGCGAUAACGGUCGGAUCGCCACGCGGGCUAUUUCUCCUUGCUGAUCGGAUUAGUCUCCUGUCAACUAUCGUUCAUCUUCCUAUCAAUCAGUUCCACAUCCUCCUCAUACCCCCUUGCAUGCCUUUGCGCCGACCGCCUUGAGAUCUUCUGCUGUCCCUUCCGCACCUCUCAUCUCCCCUCAUGGCAUCCGCUCCCAGUCCGGCGCAUGCCGACAAUGCGAACGAGGACGAUCCCUCGGCUGCGUCCGACUCGUUCUUCUAUGCCCACGAAGACCACGACGCCUCUUCCGGCCACGAUCCGUUGGAAAAGGAUGAUGGACUGGCCGACACCAAGCCGGCGAAGGAUCCUCUUCCGAUGCAGAAGAGACGUCGGGUGACGCGCGCCUGUGAUGAGUGUCGUCGCAAGAAGAUCAAGUGCGAUGGGAAGCAGCCGUGCACUCAUUGCACUGUCUACAGCUAUGAAUGCACGUAUGAUCAACCGUCAAAUCGUCGUCGCAAUCCCGCCCCUCAAUAUGUCGAGGCUCUUGAAAACCGUUUACACAAGGCGGAAGCCCUUCUGCGCGUUGUCCUCCCUGAUCUCAAUCUUGACGACCCACAAUUCGAUGUGCAUGCCACGGAGCAGAUGUUGGCGGCCAUCAAGCGAGAGAAACAACAGCAACAGCAACAGCAGCAGCAGCAAACGGCAGCGGCAUCGCUCCCAGCCACCAACGAUCGACGCCGAAGUUCCGUGGCCAUUGCGGGCCCCGCCGACCCUUCUGCAGAUGGAAAUGGCGGGGAUGAGUCGCUUCUUGAGUCGAUGGUUGAUAAUUCUGGCUAUUUAGAUCUGGACGACCAGGGUCAUUGGGACUACCACGGGCACAGCUCGGGCAUGACCUUCAUCCGCCGACUGCGCAAGCAACUAGGCGCUUCCGACAUACAGCCGCCGUCAAUCCGGUCGCGACCGGUCAGUCAGUCCAAGUUUGACAGCCCGAAGUCCGUGUCGGAGUCGCCGCAGGAUGCGUCAUUGCCCCCCACCCACGAUCUGCCGCCGCGGGAUGUCGCACGGCGAUUGUGUCACAAUGCAUUCGAUGACGGCUGCUCGCUGAUGCGCUUUGUGCACGAACCCUCGUUCUACGCCAUGUUUGAUCGGAUAUACGAUACGCCGCCGGACCAGUUCACCAACGAAGAAAACUCAUUUUUGCCGCUCCUCUAUAUCGUCAUCGCGGUCGGUUGUCUAUUUUCGGAUGGCGGAAUGGGUGCGCUUGAUGUAUCUGGAUACGAGGGUGCCAUUGGCCAAGGGUUCCAAUACUUCAAAGCGGGCCAACAGCUCUUAGAGAUUACUGAUUGUCGCGACUUGAUCUCUCUGCAGGCGAUCUGUUUCAUGGUCCUCUUUCUACAGGCUUCCGCUAAAUUGAGCACCUGCUACUCCUACGUGGGCAUUGCCCUUCGUUCCUCCCUGCGACUAGGCCUGCAUCGCAAAGUGACAGCGCAUUUUACACCUCUCGAGCAGGAGCUGCGGAAACGUAUCUUUUGGGUUGUACGAAAGAUGGAUGUGUACGUGAGCACGAUGCUGGGUCUCCCCUUAAUACUGAGCGACGACGACAUUGACCAAGAGUACCCGGCAUCCGUCGAUUCGGAGUUCAUCACCAAGGAUGGCAUUUUGCCCAUGCCGGCGGAUCACAUACCUCUUAUGGCCGGGGCCAAUGCGCAUACCCGGCUGUCCAGCAUCAUCCUGAAGGUUGUGAAGUACAUCUACCCGGUGAAGCAUGCUCAGCAUCGGGCUGGGUCGGACCAGCGCUAUGUGGUGAGCCAUUCCAAGAUCCGGGAGAUAGAGAGGGAUCUCCAGGCUUGGAUGGAGGAACUGCCGGCAGCACUACGUCCGGGAACGGAGGUCUCUCCACAACUUGAGCGGAUCCGGCAAUUGCUGCGGAUUAGCUAUGCUCACGUCCAGGUGAUGCUAUACCGUCCCUUCCUACACUAUGUUUCCAGCGGCUCGCAGGCUCGCGGGGUGGAUCGUCGUUCCUACGCCUGUGCGGCGGCGUGUGUCAGUGUCUCCCGGAACAUCGUCCACAUCACCACGGGCAUGCACAAAAGGGGAUUGCUAAAUGGUUCUUUCUGGUUUACCAUGUACACGACAUAUUUUGCCAUUCUGUCGCUGUUGUUCUUUGUUCUGGAGAAUCCUGAUUCUCCCACGGCCAAGGACGGCGUCCUCAAAGACGCCAUGGAAGGCAAAACCACACUGGCGGGGCUGGCCAAGAAGAGCAUGGCUGCAGAUCGUUGCUCCCAGAGUCUCAUCUGUUUGUUUAAGAACUUGCCCGAGCUACUCAAGAACCGACAAAGCGCUACCGCCACCCGUGCAAACCUCAAGCGCCCAGCGCCGUCUGGUGGCGGCCGAUCGACCGCCGCCAAAAUCCCGGCCACGGGGAUGCCGCCGCCGCAGCGGGCCAGCACCUUCCCAAACCAACUGCUGCAUCGAUCGACAAAGUCGGAAACCAGCAACACGCUCAAGAGCCUCGACGACAGCGCCACAUCGCGCAAUGCCACAACCAACCUCCGUCAUAGUCAGCCUCCGACGUGGUUCCCGUCCACCCCAGAGCCGCCAGCAGACACUGUGUCGACGCCCUCGGAGACGGCGACUACCAAUGCUUCGGCCCGAGCUUCCCCUGUAUCGGCGUCAUUACCCGCGGGAGACUCCUCGGCUGCCAGCACAUUCAAUGCACAGGCUUUCGCAAACACCUGCAACUUCCCCGACCUCAUGCCUAUCAUGUUUCCCUCGGACGAUCCGUUUGCCUACCCAACGCAACCGAUGUCGACACUGGAGAAUGACCACUUCCAAGAUGCGACUGGCGCGCCCGUUACUGGGCAGUUUGCACCGGGAAUGGUGUCAACGGCCGACACCAACGGGUUAAGCGCGCUCGCGGCGUCAACACCGACAGUGGAUGGGUUCGGAAACUUCCCUCUCUUCGCGGGCGGAACACGCAGUGGCCUGGGCCCCAGCAUCUCGAACCGUCUGGCAAACCAACAACAGAUGAAUACCUCCCGACUGCAAUCGCCCGGCUCACAUGCAUCAACGCCUGGCACCAACGGCGAGGUCGUCAACAGUCCGGACCUCGUCUCUCUGCCGAACCAGAAUUUCAUGUGGCAGGGAUACAACUUCCAGCCGCCGAACUUCACCGCGGAGGCGGCUGUUCCCGCAACCGCCUCGAAUCUCGGACAAUUCGGCCUGGGUAUGGAUGACAGUAACCCAGGGGGGUUGGGGAUGGGGCUGGAUCUGGGGCUCCCGCUCGAUGAUAUCUUCGGAAAUGGUGAUGCGUGCCGACCAGGCGCACUGGGCGACGAUUGGACUCAAUGGAUGAAUGUGGGAGGCUAAAUGUCAAGGCGGUUAUAUACCCAUAUGUAUGCGUUUGGUUUGAUUAUGAGGAUCCUAUGACGAGGAACGGAGUACAGACGGUGUUGGAGGGAGUAUAUAUAUGUCAUGUUACGUAAUGUUAACCAAUCAAUCAUCUAUAC